AGAUGUCUUGUACUAGUGCCAAAGAGUGUCCCUCUACCUCUACUGUGAGCGUAUUUACUGAGUGUUUUGCUUCUCCACCUGAGCCAAGAUUCCACGAGUCACAAAGCAGCAUAACUGCAGAGCUACUGCAAGACUAUCUGGAGCUAUUGACCACAAAGAAUGAAGCUACUAUCAACAGUGCUACACCGGGUGUUACAACACUCUUCAAGGACCAAAACACAGUGCUCUUUCUGUUUGAGUUAUGCAGACACCUUGGAUUAACUCCCGAUGUACAGUACAGGGCAGUGGAGCUAUUUCAUCGGUUCAUGAUCGGACACAUUGAAGAGUUGUACUCACACGUCCAAAGCAGUGCAGAAACAAGCAGCCCUAUCACGUGGCGGGACGUGGAAGAGAGACUUAAACACCAAGUCACUUUACGGGCUGUCUCGUGUGUUCAACUCGCCAGCAAACUGAGCUCUCACUACCAUCUUGUCACACUCAACCGAGCAAGAGUCUUCCUCUCAAAAUGUGGUUUCCGAUACGCUGCAACGAGUAUCGUACAGUCAGAAGUUAGAGUAUUAAAAACGAUAAAAUUCCGAGUGCAUAACCCCACUCCUCUAGAGUUUAUCGAAACCCUGCUUGGAGCACUAGAUAGUGAAGAUGAUAGCCUUCCCGUGAUGCAACUACAUGGUAUCUCUUUAAAGCUACUCGAUAUAUUUUAUCUCUCAAGAGAAUCGAUUUUCACAAAUUUCGCUAAGCUUAUCAAGAGUAGGAACAAUACAAGGCCUGAGGAAAUUGAGAAACUUAUCAGUGUUCUAUGUGUGGACUCGAUGCUACUAGCUGCAGCAAUUAUUACAUCUGCCAGCCUGGUCAUUUACGAGGCGAUUGACACACAGUGGUUAAUAUCUGCACUGUGUGAGGCUGCUGGGGUGGAGUCUCGAGAUAUCAUUGAUUAUUCACUAGUCUUGAUGCAAGAAGUGUUCUCAGGUGAUGAUUCAGACACUUAAGGAAAACGUCUAAGAACGAUAUUAUGCGUAACUGAACUAUUGAACCUUCCUCCCAAGUGUUACACUGUGCGCACUAAGUUAUCAAGACAAUCUCAUUCAUCGCAUCAUCAAUAAUUGUCAAAUACUUCAGAUUCAGUAUAAUACAUGUACAUGUUGUACGUCUCAGUAUUAAUUUAUUAAUUAGCAUAA